UUCCAAUCUUCUCUGAACCAGUGGGUUUUGUAAGAAUUUCAGAAAGAAAAGUCCCCCUUAUUUUUACAAAGUAGCACGAUAGAACGAAAAAAAAAAAAGUGUUUUAAUUAAAUGCCCCAUUGUUUUGUAUCAGGAAGGUCUUCAGUUCAUCUGCUCUGUGUUUAGAGACCAUGUGAGACUGGGUGCAGCAAAGCCCAUCUGCAGGUCUGCCAGCCUGUGGGAGAGGAGAUGGCACAUGGGGGGAUGUGGUGUCAUACAAUGGCACACCUUGGGUUCCUACCAGUGACCUCCUGUAGCUUCUACAGGUGUCCCAGUGCCAGAGCUGCUGGUGUGCAGGUGGGGACAGCAUUCCUGGAGCAGCCAGAUUGGGAUCACUGCAACAUUGUCCCUUGUGAGAGCUCUCCAAAUGAAGGGCUGAGGUAGCCUUUGAAAGCCUGACUUCUUUGCCUAUUGUCUGAUUAUUGUUAAUCUGUUCAUCCUGUGAAACAGGAAACAAGGUGGGUUUUUUUUUCUUGUUUUGUCCCUUUUGAGGGUAUUGAAGGCCUGGCCCUUAGAAAAUGGGAAAGGAAUAAAUCUAACUUUAAUAAGGGGAGAGAAGAGAACCUCCAAAGUACCAGAAAGGAAGGGUUUCUCUGAUGCCCAGAAGUGUUGAACAAAUGGUUAAACAAUUCCUUCACGAAGAAGAUACAUCUCAACCAAGGAUUAAAAAGAAUUAUAGGCAUGGGAGGGAGGUGUUCUGUCCUACUGGCAAUAUUAUGCUUAAGGUACACGUGUGAAGGGUGACCAAGAUAUCCUUGAUCUUGCCUCUGCAGGUCCUUUGAAUUUCCUUCCUCUUCCUAUCUCUAAGGUUAUCUUCACUGAAUUCCAUUAUUUAGUUCCCUGGUGUUUUAUUUUGUGGCUUUGAAAUGCAAUAAUAUGACUGCAAGUGAAAUAAACUCCCUGUUAGGAUGUUUGGCUCAGCACUUUGUGUGAGAAGACAGCCUGGCUCCUGUUCUGCAUGAAGUGAAGCUGAGUCCUGUUGGAUGGGAUGAAGUGCACCCUUGAGCUGCCAGGGAUGCUGUUUCACUGUCCCUGUGCCAAAGCACUACAUGACUCAUUUAUCUGGGCAGCUAACACAAGAGGCAGCAAAGUUACACCAAGCAGAUUGCUGCCGACUCCCGGUCGCAGAGGAGCAGCCGCCCAUCGCUCCCGGCUGUCACAGCCGGAGGCGCUCCCUCCCGGUUUUACUUUCGCUUCUCCAAGUUGCCCGUGACCUCUGCUUAUCGCGGCAAGGAGGAUUGCCCUGCGGGCGCCCCGCGUGGGCCGUGUGCCGGGCACGGCACGUACCCACCCUGAAACCGAUGGACGAUGCUCUACAGAAGCUAUCAGUCAUAUUGUCACCGGCUGCAGCAUGACAUGUAUUUCCUUACAAGCACUAGCCGACUGAAUGAGCAGGUGGUUGAUAAAAUUGUUCUUCAGCUUAACAGAGUUUAUCCCCAAAUUCUUACCAAUGAAGAAGCAGAAAAGUUCAGGAACCCAAAGGCUUCACUCCAUACCAGACUCUCAGAUCUGUUAAAACACCUCCAAAAGAAAGGAGACAGACACUGUCAAGAGUUUUACAGAGCUUUGCAGAUCAAUUCUGAACAGCUGUUUAAUGACCUGCCAAGCAGAAAAAUCUUGAAAACCCCAGAUCCCACAGAGAUAGACACUGACAAGGAGCAAUAUAUGCUAAAUGACAGGGGCCCGGUGUUUUUCCUGGCAUGCUUCAGUGUGGCUGCAGGACUGGCCCUGUUCUGGUACUGCUAUAACUCAGAAACACAAGUCAUAGGAAGAACCAGGAGAAUCUUGGGCUUUUCUCCUAUUAUCAUAGGAAGACAUGUUAGAAAUAUUUGUAUGUUGUAUUUGGAAGACAUAUCAAGAAAUUAAGGAAAAGCUGUCUGUACAGUACACCAGCCAAAGGAAGACAAUGGUGCAUAAAAAUGUCCCACAGUCAUACCAAAGAUUUUACUAACUAGCUUCAUCAAUAAUUGCCUUGCCUCCAGAUGUGUUCAGAAUUUCAGCUAUAAAUGUCCUUAUUUAUUUGAAUGGACUGUUUAUUUUUGUAAAUGCUUAAAGUAUUUAUCGUUUGUAUAAAAAAUAUUUUUAUUACAAGCUUUAAAUUGAUCUCUUAAGUGAGCAUGGGUCUGAAGCCAUGUUUGCAUAUGCAUUUUAUAUACUGGAAUGAAGGAUCACAACUGUUUGAAGAACUCUGGCCUGUCUUUUGUGGGAAUUAAUUUAGGAACAGAACUUAAACACAUGCACUCAAAGCCUUACUGAGAAAUGGAUCUCUGUCUCAGAACUGUCUGUUUUGUCUAGAUCCUUUAUAAUCACUGCCUGAGCUCAGGUGGGCACUGGCACCUGUGAAAAGUUUAUGGGGGCCAGUUCUCUUUAUGUGUGCCUUGUAUUCACUGUGUCUUCUGGUUCUCUCCUGGUGCCUCAUCCCAGCCUGCCUUGUUCCCAGUCACACUCAGCUGCUGGCCCUGGUUUACAUGCCCUGGAGCAGGUGCAGGCUGGUUCCCAGCCCAUGGGGUGUUCCAGGGAGUGGAAUGUUUGACCUGAAGCACUUCAGACUACCAAGAAAAUGUUUCAGAUUAAUUUAGCUUUCCCUUUUCCAGUGAAGUGAAGGGAGGCUCUGCAGAGAGACCUGGACAAAGUGGAGGGCUGGACCAACAACCACCCAGUGAAGUUCAACAAGGGAAAGUGCCAGAUUGUGCACCUGGGAUGGGGCAACCAUGCAUGUACGGGCAGGCUGGGGAACGAGAUGCUGGAGAGCAGGACUGUGCAAGGGGACCUGGGAAUCAUUCUGGGUGGAAAGUUGGAUAUAGUCAGCACUGCCCUGGCAGCCAGGGAGCACAUCCCUGUGCUGAGGGGCCCCAGGCCCAGCAUGGCCAGUCAGGCCAGGGAGGGAUUGUCACACUCUGCUCUGCUCUGCUCUGCUCUGGGCUGGCCUCACCUCGAGUGCUGGGGGGCAGUUUGGGAACUACAAUAUAAGGAAGAUACUAAACUACUAGAGAGCUUCUAAAGGAGACUUCCAAGGGACACUUCCAGGGAUGGGGCAGCAACAGCUUCUCUGGGCAGCCUGUGCCAAGGCUGGGGGAAGAAGAUUCUUCCCUGUGAGAAGAAGGAAUUCUUACAGGAAAGAAUUCUUUCCCAGUAUGGUACAGGAGAGUUUACUAUGGCUAGGACUAUAUUUCCUCCCUUCCUGAGGUUGCUUGAGAUGAGGAUGUCUCUCAGGGAAAAAAAAUCCAGAAUGAGCUAUGCCAAGGGUUAAAGCUGGAAGGAGAAAGAAAGAGUGAGUAUUGGUUCAUCCUAGUGUUCAAGGACCUAACAGCAAAGAAUAGAAAACAAUCUGUUCCUUCAUUAGUGCCAGUUAUUAAUUUGAACAGUGAGCUUCUGUCUGCCUAUAAAAUUAGCAUGUGCAUAGGCUGGGAGACAUUAUUUUUCUUGGAAUAUUUUUCUUUCAGGAGCUUGCUUCUCUGCAAGCACAUCUAUACAGCACAUAUGGACAAUGAUAGUUCCAUUUUCAGCUCCUGGAGGAAGCACAUGUGCACCUGCAUGGGAGUCAGGUCCUUCUGGGCAAUCAGUGUUACAGAUUUGGGAAUAAAUCGAGCAGGGUCUUGGAUGAAGCUGUUUAGCUGCAGAAUUCUGGUUUCUCUGGCAAGUCAAGAAUAGUUUGGCCUUUGCUGCUGAAGCUGUACUGGUUUAUUAAUUUAUAAACGUGCUUCACUCUUUGUGCAGGGAAGUUUUCCUGGCUGGAUUGUAGGUGGUUCCAUGCUGCAGGCAGGAACUGUGCAGGAGCUAAGAAGGUACUGGCCUGGCCCAUGGAAAUGGUUAAGGCCGAGUGAUGGGACCAUCUGUGUGCAGAGAGCCAGGAAGCAAAGUGAUAGGUCCCACAAAGAAUUUGCACAAUUCCAUUUAAAGCCAGACUGCUAUUUAAAGGAGUUGGUGAUGUGCCUGAGGAGCUGGAGUGGGGAUGAAGUGAUGAUUCAUUCUGGGAUGCACUGGGCUGCUUUACAGCUGCUGGAUGGAGUUUGCACUUAAAAGUGCCUUUGCCAAGGCAAAAUUAUUCCUUCUGUUUCUUUCAUUUGUCGUUAUUUUUCUCAUACUGUAAUAAAUUGAAAACAUAUUUGGUCAAAAUGUGCCGUCAUGGAUGCUUUUCCCUGCCAUUUUGUGUGCACAGAUGCUACUCCAUUUUAUGCCAUGCCUUGACUGUGCUGCCAAAAAUCACUGCUGCACUUCACAGGGCCUGUGUCCUGUAGUAAUUUCUCUGAACGUACAUCUUCUUGAAUCCUGUAGAAAUUAAUGUAUUUCUUUUUUAAAAGAGGUGAAACUGGCAAUUAAAUGGAAAUAAAAUAUGAGAGAAGAA